AAACGACCAUCUUGACUUUAGUAAUGCCAGGUUCGCGUGUAGGCUGAAAGAUAAGUCCAUAAAAUAUAAAUACUGCUCAAGAUUCCGUUCAAAGUAAACUAGGUCUUCAGCAGCGUUGACUAAUGAUGAGGUUGCUGGGGUCGUGUGUGAUACUGUUGGUGGGCCUGUGGUCAGUGCAGGCGGACAUCACUGUUCCAGUCCAGAACCACUGGAAUGGGGGCUUUCAAGCGGAGGUCUGCUUUGACAUUACUGUAGAGCUGCAUUCGUGGACGGUCACUCUGAAGUUUGACCAGCCCAUCAGCAGUCUGGAUGUGUACACGGCGGAAAUUCAAGAGACCAAAGAUGGCGGCAAGACUUAUGUACUCACCAAUAAAAACUGGAACAAGGAUGAGCAUGUCGGUGACAGGCUGUGUAUUCAGAUGCAAGGUCACGGAACUGGUGAUAUCAACCCAACCAUAACAGCUUCUCUAAGUGGUCAACCUGGAGGUGGUGUAGUGGUCACUACCACCGUCAAGACAGCUCCCCCUGGUCAAACUUUGCCAACCACCACUCCACGCCCAUUUGUGCUGCCCUCUGGUGACGGCGAGAAGGCCACACUCACGGUAAACAUCAACAAUCCGGACAACUUCCAGGGAUACUUUGACUUCACCGUCCCGGAAAACAUCUUCGGUUGGAUCAUCAAUGUCACCUUCAACAAACCCGUCAAGCAGAUGAUGAAUUUUGAAGUCGGUGACGUCUUGUCUCAUUCUGCUGACAACCUAAACUGGGUUGUGGUCAAUCGUCCAGAACACGUCGCCUACCCUGCCGGAAGUAAGCUUCACCUCAAGUUUGAUGCCCAGUAUGGCGGAGGGGGCAUCGCUGGCUCAGCUGUCUUGAUUAACAUGGGUAAAGACACACUCCAUGUGACACCCGUCCCAAACACUGACAAUUCUAAAUACAACUACAACGAUGUCCUGUACAAGUCUAUUCUCUUCUAUGAGGCCCAGAGGUCUGGCAAACUACCACCCAAUAACCGCAUACCUUGGAGAGGUGACUCAGCUCUGGGAGACAAAGGGGAAGCAGGGGAGGACCUGACAGGAGGCUGGUACGAUGCCGGUGACCACGUCAAGUUCAAUUUCCCCAUGGCCUACUCCACUGCCAUCUUGACCUGGGGCUAUCUCCUCUACCGCGACGCCUACGAGGCUGCUGGACAGACCCAGUGGAUGUUGGAGAGCAUUAAAUGGCCACUGGACUAUCUCCUCAAGUGCCACGUGAAACCGAACGAGCUCUACGUUCAGGUUGGGGAUGGAGGUGCUGACCACAGUUACUGGGGUCCACCUGAACUCAUGACAAUGCCACGUCCAUCCUUCAAGAUCACAGCCUCUAAACCAGGAAGUGAUAUUGCUAUGGACACCGCAGCUGCAUUUGUCACUGGUUACUUUGCUUUCAAGGAAAAAGAUCCUACUUAUGCUAACACGCUGCUGGAACAUGCUAAACAGUUGUGGGAUUUCGGAAUGAACCACAAAGGGAAAUACAGUGAGUCUGUGGGCGCCGCCGCUGGGUUUUACCCAUCCAACAACUUCACUGAUGAGCUCUGCUGGGGCUCCAUUUGGCUGUAUCAAGCUACUAAGGAAGCCAAAUACUUGACCGAGGCUGAGAAGUACUUGGACGACUUACCAGCCUGGGGCAUGUCUUGGGAUGACAAGACCAUCGUAAAUCAAGUCCUGCUCUACAACAUCACCAAGAAGGACAAGUACAAAGCAGCAGUGGAAGGUUCCUACAAGAUGUGGUUCCCAGGUGGCUCCAUUCCCUACACUCCAAAAGGUUUAGCCUACAGACUGCAGUGGGGCUCACUAAGAUAUGCAUCUAACAUGGCCUUCGCUGCCCUGCUAGCAGCUGACACUGGUCUGCAUCCAGAAGAGUAUCGACGAUGGGCCAUGUGCCAGAUUCACUACGCCCUUGGUGAUACGGGCUUCAGCUACGUCAUAGGUUUCGGUAGCAAGUACCCAUUGAGGCCUCAUCACAGAGCCAGUUCAUGCCCCAACCCACCCGCCAAGUGUGGCUCACAGAUUAUGCCCAUGAAGGAGCCAAGUCCACACGUCUUGUACGGGGCUCUGGUUGGUGGCCCAGGACAGAACGAUGACUACACAGAUGACCGCUCCAACUAUGUCAACAAUGAAGUGGCCUGUGAUUACAAUGCCGCCUUCCAAGGAGCCGUUGCUGCUCUGAAAUCUCUCUACAUAAGACAUGAGCACCCAGAACAGAAAGGCAAUGCCCAAUGCCCGUUCUCGUCAGGAAGUGGAGGUCCAGGUGGAGUGGUUGGAUGAGAACAUCGCUGUUGGGUAUUUAUACCUAAAAUAAAACCUAACAUACACCAACCAAACGAAUGACUUCUUUUGCAAGAAUUGUUCUUGAACUAAUUACGAUUGUUUAUACGGCUGUACAGUUAAUAAAUAUUAGUUUAUACAGUAAA